AUGCACACAGACUUGCACAACGCCCGCGACGCCCGCGCCUCGGACGGCCCGCAAUUGGCGAUGGGCAUGAUGGUCGCGCCCUUCAACCUUGCGAAGCGAUGGCUCGUCCGCAGCACCAUGCUAUCGGGCGGCCCCGUCCAGCGAGGCGAGGUUGUCUUCCGGUUCGUCGUUGGCCUCGAGGCGCUGCCGCGCGGCGAGAGCGACCAGCUGCGUGGUGAGGCGGCCAACUACUCGGACGCGCUGGACGGGAAGAGCGUGGCGAUGCCGUGCUCCUGCAUCGAGAAGGUGCACGGCUGGUACACGUAUGCGCUGCGCCGCUGGCCAGCCGCUCGCUGGUACGCGAAGACGGAGGACGACACGUAUGUCAACCUGCGCCAGCUGCUCGCCGACUUGCACUCUCUGCGCAGGCUCCCGGCGGUCUACUACGGGCUGAUGAACGCGUGCGCCAUGCCGCCGCUCGCCGCCGCCAGGCACACGCCCAGCGGGUACGCCGGCUGCUGGAUGGGCGAGUUCGAAUCGGCGGCCCCCGAGAGCUUGCGCCUCUGCCCUGUGUCGGACUCGAGCGCCUAA